AUGACUUCGUCACCAUAUGAACAUAUCUAUUCGAACCAACAUCAGAAUAAGGACUUUGAGGUCAGAAAAGAAAGUAGCCUGUUAUCAAAAUGCUGUUUUUGUGUACCUCUAGAGACUGGUUGCUUUGUACUUGGGUAUACUAGCUUGAUUCUAAACUUCAUAAUAUCCAUGUUCUUCUUUGGAACUCUGGCUUUCUUAGCUAUUUACACCCAUGGUUUUCAAUACCUCCGUACCAAAGCCACAGAAGAUGGUGAGAGAGUUCCUGAUAUGGACUCCAUGGAUAGUAACAAGUUGAUGCAGAUUAUCAUAAUAACUGUUUUGGAUGGAAGCUUAAAUCUGGCCUGGUUUGCCAUGUGUAUCGUUCUUCUUGUUGGUUUGCAUAAGAAACAACCAGGCCAUAUUAAGUUACAAGUGUCAAUUGCUGCUCUCCGCAUACUUUUAUCGAUAAUUGGCGUGGCUUUGUAUACUGGGCACACCACUAACUCAUCAGUAUUUUGCACAGCAGAGAUUUUGCUCUCAGUAUUCUUCAUUCUGCUGUACUACAGUUACGCGAAACAAUUGAAGCAAGAACAACUAUCUGAUGACCCUAAAUCUUUGUCAGAAAUUGUGUCCGAAGUUAUUUUGAAAUAUCCACAAAAUAUUGACACCUUUACUUUGCCUGAGAAGAAGGAAAAGUACUAA